CUUAACAGUCCCAACAAUGUUAGAUUCCUUAACACUAAGGAGACCCAAGCCUCCCUCAUUUUUUGGAAGACAAACUUUAGCCCCACUCAGAGGUGAAGAAAUUUGAGAUUAUCAUUACCCUUCCAAAGAAAAGAGGGCAUAAGAGACAUAAUCUUUGAAGAGAUAAAUGUAGGAAGACCAAAAAACUCAGACCAAUAAAUAUAAGAGUUUUGCAUGACUAAUCUUGUGAGUUCAAGACGCCCUGCAAUGUAAAGAAGUUUACUCUUUCAAAGUUGAAGUCUCUAACGAAGCCUAUUAGGGAUGGGAGAACAAUGGUGAGUGGCAAGCUUGGAGGAUAUUAAUGGUAGGCCCAAAUAAGUAAUAGGAAGAUGGCCUUCUGGGAAAUCCAAAAUAUUAAUAAAUGAGCCUUAAUACCUCAGAAACACCCCUAAAGAAAGAGUGAGAUUUAAAGGAGUUAAUAUACAGACUAGUGGUGUAAGUUUGGCCCUAACUAUCCUAACCCGCCCUGAGCCCGAAAAGAGCUUGGGUUAAUAUUUCUGACCUUGAGGGUGGGUUAGGGAUGGUUUGUGCUUGUUGAGGCCUAGGCCCAACGCGGCCCUAAUUUUAACCAUGAUUAAUGUAAUAUAAUUUAGGGCUAUCACCCUAUCAUUUUAUUUUGAGUAAUAUAAUUUCGGUCACUGAUUCUUAUGGUUAAAUGUACUGCACAUCAAUUAUUCUAUUGAACUUCAUAGUUUUAAUUAUGUAUUUAUCAUUUGAUUUUUUUUUUAUUUCUUUUUAAUGCAUAGGACACAUGGAAAAAACAGGUUCAAUCAAUGUUAGCCCGACCAUAGCAAGAAUCAGGGCCAAUUAAGGCCAACCCGGCCCAAUUAAGGUCAAUUAGGGUAGGGUUAGGUUGGCAUGAGCCCGGUAGGGUUGGGCCUAGGCAUGAACUAGGUAGGGUUGGGUUGGGCCUAGGUUAAAUUUUGAGGACCUAGGGUUGGGCUAGGGUUUUAAGAAAACCUGGCCCAACUUGGCGUCGUUUCACCCCUAAUAGAGACUCAUCAUAACAGAGGAGGUAAAGCAUCAGAAAUUGCAGUCAAGGAUUGUUGAUUGGCUUUGGUAAAUAUCAUGAGGUCAUCUACAUAUAACUGAGUGAUCUUUAAGAGCUUACAUUUAGGAAUUGGAUGGAUGAAAUUCCCCUUGAUUUUGGUCAUCAAGAUUUUGGAGUGACCCUCCAUGGCAAUAUAUAAAAUGUGAGGAGAAAUAGGACAACCUUGGAGAAUCCUUAACUUUGAUGUGAAAAAACCUUGAGGGGAGCCAUUGACAAGCACAGAGAAAUAAGGUGAAGGGACGCAACAGUGAAUCUAGUUAAUGAAAUUAGGAGGGAAAUCCAUAUUCUCUCAUCUUAGAGAGAAUAUGGUCAAUAUUAUCCCACCUAAUAAAGUCAAUAGUCUUAUGGAUGUCUAAUUUGGAUGUCAAUCUUGAUAACCAUCAGCAUUAUAAAAAAACCCCAUUAUUGGCUUUCUCUUUAGUCACUCUAAAUGAGUUAUCCUUUCUAACCAAUGACCUUGAUUAUUUGAAAUUUGGCUCCAUUCCUUCUGCUUGACAUCUUGUAUAUGUUAUUGUACUGUUAGUAGUGAUGACCAAAAUUAGACACAGUAGAAUUUACUUAAUAUUUCAUUUUGCUUUGAUUGCUUUUUAAUUCAUUAGAAAAUUGAUAAGCUUUUAUUUUUUUGGUUGGUUUACAAUUGGCAAAUAUGAGUCAAAGUUUAUCCAGGGUAUUGUUGAAAAGGUUUUGAAUAACUUGAAUCAACCACAUUUUCAUGUUGCCCAAUAUCAAGUUGGCUUAGAUUCCCACUUGGAGAAAAUGAAAUCAUUGUUAAAUGUCGGAUCAGAUGAUAUUCGCAUCAUAGGGAUCUAUGGCAUGGGGGGCAUCGGUAAGACCACCGUUGCCAAGGCUAUCUUUAACCUAUUCUUACGCAGAUUUGAAGGUUGCAGCUUUCUUGCAAAUGUUAGACAACUGUCAGGACAACCCAAUGGUUUGCUUCGUUUACAAGAACAACUUCUUUCUGGUAUCCUAACGGAAAGAAAUAUGAAAAUAACCAGUGUUGAUAGAGGUGUCAACAUGAUCAGUGAAAAACUCUUCUCCAGAAGAAUUCUUCUUGUUCUUGAUGAUGUGGAUCAAUUGAUGCAAUUAAAUGCAUUGGUUGGAAGGUGCAGUUGGUUUGGUUUGGGAAGUAGAAUCAUCAUAACAACAACCAGAGAUAUGCAUUUGUUAAAGAAUAUCAAGGUUGAUGAAAUAUAUAAGAUCCCAUAGUUGAAUGUUGACGAAUCUCUUAAGCUCUUCAGUUGGCAUGCCUUCGGAAAUGACCAUCCAACAAAUGAUUAUUUGGAGCUCUCAAAGAAUGUAGUUGGUUAUGUCAAUGGACUUCCUUUAGCUCCUGAGGUUUUGGGUUCUUUUCUAUUUGAUAAAAGCAUUACUAAAUAUGAGAGUGCACUUGAGAAAUUGAAGAGAAUUCCUUAUAAUGAAAUCCAAAGUAAACUUAGAAUAACUUAUGAUGCAUUAAAUUAUAACUUUGAUAAGGAUAUUUUCCUUGAUAUUGCAUGUUUCUUUAUUGGGAUGGAUAAAGACCAUGUCAUUGGAAUACUAGACGGUUGUGGUUUCUACCCAAAAAUUGGCAUUCCAAAUCUCAUCUAUAAGUCUCUGAUAACAAUCAAUGAAAAGAAUCAAGUGAUGAUGCAUGAUGUACUUCGAGAUAUGGGAAUGGAAAUUGUUCAAGAAGAAUCUCGAAAGGAGCCUAGAGAACGCAGUAGAUUGUGGUCUCAUGAUGACAUCUUCGAUGUAUUAAAAAAACAUAUGGUAAGAAUAAAUGAAAUUAGAAAGAGAGUCAACAUUUUCUUUUCGGGAACAAUAAAAGUUGAAGGCCUUACUCUAAACUUACCUGAAAUUAAAGCAGCAAAUCAUAUCAAUAUUAAAGCCUUUGCAAAGAUGCAGAGGCUAAGACUUCUCCAAAUCAAUCAUGUGCACAUUUCUGGAAACUGCAAACAUUUUUCGAAGGAGUUGAGAUGGCUAUGUUGGUACAGUUUCCCUUUGAACUCCAUUCCUACUAACUUUCAUCUUGAGAACCUUGUUAUACUUGAGUUGCAAUAUAGCAACAUCAAAUAUCUUUGGAAGGGAAUUAAGUUGCUGAAGAAACUGAAAGCUCUGAAUCUCGGUCAUUCCCAUGGCCUAACUCAAAUUUCUGACUUGUCUGGACUCACCACGGUUGAGAAAUUGAGGACAAGAGAAGGAGAAGGCUCGUAUUCUUCUACUCCUGGUUGGAAUCAUGAUGUGUUCUUAAGCUUCAGCGGUGAAGACACGCGCAAGAACUUCACCGAUCAUCUCUACACUGCUUUAAUUCAAAGAGGAAUCAACACCUUCAUAGACAACAACGAACUCAGGAGAGGAGAAGAUAUUGCCUCAGAGCUGUUGAAAGCAAUAGAGAAAUCGAGGAUUUCCAUCAUCGUCUUUUCCAGUAAUUAUGCUUCUUCCAGGUGGUGCCUCAAUGAGCUCGCCAAGAUAAUCGAGUGCAGAGGGACUAUCGGCCAAACGGUUCUACCUGUUUUCUAUGAUGUUGAUCCGUCUGAUGUUCGAAAACAGAGUGGGAUGUUCGGGGAAAAAUUUACGAGGCUAGAAGAGCAUUUCAAAGUAGAGAGGGAGAAGAUGGACAAGUGGAGGAGAGCUCUUACAGAAGCAGCGAACUUGUCAGGGUGGGAUCUACAAAAUGGAUAUGAGUCAAAGUUUAUCGAGAGUAUUGUUGACAAGGUUUUGAGUAACUUGAAUCAACCACAUUUUCAUGUUGCACAGUAUCAAGUUGGAUUAGAAUCACGCUUGGAGAAAAUGAAAUCAUUGUUAAAUGUCGGAUCAGAUGAUAUUCGCGUCGUAGGGAUCUGUGGCAUGGGUGGUAUCGGUAAGACCACCAUUGCCAAGGCUGUCUUUAACCUUUUCUUACGCAGAUUUGAAGGUUGCAGCUUUCUUGCAAAUGUUAGAGAAAUAUCAGGACAACCCAAUGGUAUAAUUCAUUUACAAGAACAACUUCUUUCUGAUAUCCUAACGGGAAGAAAUAUGAAAAUAACCAGUGCUGAUAGAGGUGUCAAUAUGAUCAGUGCAAAACUCUCUUCCAAAAGGGUUCUUCUUGUUCUUGAUGAUGUGGAUCAAUUGAACCAAUUAAAUGCAUUGUUUGGAAGGCAUAGUUGGUUUGGUUUGGGAAGUAGAAUCAUCAUAACAACUAGGGAUUUGGAUUUGUUAAAGAAUAUCAAGGUUGAUGAAAUAUAUAAGAUCACAGAAUUGAAUACAGAGGAAUCUCUUAAGCUCUUCAGUUGGCAUGCCUUUGGAAAUGACCAUCCAACAAAAGAUUAUUUGGAGCUUUCAAAGAGUAUAGUUGGUUAUGUCAAUGGACUUCCUUUAGCUCUUAAGGUUUUGGGUUCUUUUCUAGUUGAUAAAAGCAUUCUUGAAUUCAAGAGUGCAUUAGAGAAAUUGAAAAGAAUUCCUAAUGAUGAAAUUCAAAGGAUACUUAGAAUAAGUUUUGAUGGACUACAUGAUGAUUUGGAGAAAGAUAUGUUCCUUGAUAUUGCAUGUUUCUUUAUUGGGAUGGACAAAGACCAUGUCAUUGGAAUACUGGACAGUUGCGAUUUCUUCCCAGAAAUUGGCAUUAGUGUUCUCAUCCGUAGGUCUCUCAUAACAAUCAAUGAAAAUAAUCAGGUGGUGAUGCAUGAUUUACUUCGAGAUAUGGGAAGGGGAAUUAUUCGUGAAGAAUCUCUAAAGGAGCCUGGAGAACGCAGUAGAUUGUGGUUUCGUGAUGACGUCUACAAUGUAUUAACAAAACAUACAGGAACAAUGAAAGUUGAAGGCCUUACUCUAAACAUGUCUGAAAUUAAAGCAGCACAUCAGAUCAGUAUUGAAGCCUUUGCAAAGAUGCGGAGGCUAAGACUUCUCCAAAUCAAUCAUGCGCACCUUACUGGAAACUACCAACAUUUUUCAAAGGAAUUGAGAUGGCUAUGUUGGUACGGUUUCCCUUUGAACUCCAUUCCUACUAACUUUCAUCUUGAGAGCCUUGUUAUACUUGACUUGCAAUAUAGCAACAUCAAAUAUCUUUGGAAGGGAAUCAAGUUGUUGAAGAAAUUGAAAGUUUUGAAUCUCAGUCACUCCUAUGGCCUAACCCAAAUUUCUGACUUGUCUGGACUCACCAUGGUUGAGAAAUUGGUAUUUGAAGAUUGUAGAAGUUUGGUUGGCGUUCAUCAUUCUGUUGGACAACUUGAGAGACUUGUUUUCUUAAGUUUAAAAGGCUGUGGAAACCUGAGGAAUCUACCGAACAGCAUAUGUGAGUUGAAAUCUUUAGAAAAUCUUAUUCUUUGUGGUUGCUCAAAACUUGAAAAGCUGCCAGAGGAACUUGGAAAUUUGAGAUGUUUAAGGGAGCUUCUUGUAGACGGUACCACAAUAAAAGAAUUCCCCCUUUCGAUUGGACGCUUGAAGAAUCUCAAAUUCUUAUCUUUAAAUGGAUGUAAGAUAUCAACCUCUGAAAAUUGGAAUCCAUUCAUUUGGUUUUGGAAUUCGCGGAGAAAAAUUCCUGAUUCCACCACUCUAUUACCAACUUCUCUCGUGGGUUUAUCCUCUUUAAGAGAACUAAACAUGAGAAAUUGCAAUUUGUUGGAUGAUGCAAUUCCUAGUGAGAUUGGGAGCUUGUGCUCAUUGCAACAUUUGGAUAUUGGCGAUAACAAGUUUCUUAGCCUACCAGCUAGUAUCAGUCGUCUUUCUCAACUCAAGCGGCUUGAGUUGGACAAUUGCACAAGGCUUCAAUUUCUUCCAGAUCUGCCAUCAUGUUUAAAGACCUUGUCUGCAGGAGGAUGUAAAUCAAUGGAAAGAUUAGUAAGUCCUGAAAACUUAUCUUCCUUGCAAGAGCUGGUUUUAAGUGAAACUUUUUUGUGUAGCCAUUCUGGCAACAUUAGCCACCUUACUCAGCUCAAAUAUCUUAACUUGGCAAAUUGCACGAGGCUCAAAUCGCUUCCAGAACUUCCAUCAAGUUUAAAGCAAAUAGAAGCACGUGGUUGUACAUCAUUGGAACGAUUAUCAAAUUUUGGAAGCUUAUCCUCAUUGCUCUACUUGAGUUUAAGCAACAGCAAUAUUCGUACCCUACCAGCUAGCCUUGGUCGGUGUUCUCGGCUCUGGUACCUUGAAGUAAUUGAUUGCUCAAGGCUUCAAGUGCUUUCAGAGCUUCCAUCAAGUUUAAGAUUAUUAUAUGCAGGGGGUUGCACAUUGAUGGAGAGAUUGCCAAAUGUGUCGAACUGUCAUAAGUUGGACUAUUUAUACCUUCGUAAUUGUCACAUGCUAACUGAAAUUCCAGGCUUUGAGAAUUUGAAGUCCGUACGAACCGUUAAUCUGAAGGGAUGCAACAAUCUGACAAAUAAUUUUAAUAGCCUCAUCCAGGGAUUGUGUGGCCGUGAUAAGUUUAACAUAUUUGUUCCUGGAAGCAAGGUUCCGGAUUGGUUCUACCAUCGGAGUAUGGGGUCUUCAAUAUUUUUUGAGGUUCCUCUGCUUUUGGAUAAGAAGAUCCAAGGGUUAACUGUAUGUGCUGUUUGGAUAGGCAUUAAAGAAUCAAAUAUCUGGGACACAGAUAAUACUCCUAUUAUUAUUAUUCACAAUAAAACAAAGGGUCAUCAUGAACGAGUCUGCCAUUUUAUGUUCAAUAAUGCCUUCUGUGAAAAUGAAUUGUGGGUGGCCCAUACACCACAUACUGACUUGAAAUAUCAGUUAGAGCAUGGGGAUCAAAUUGAAGUUUCAGUAGAAUUAAGGAAACGACUUCAAGUGAACGAGUGUGGAGUCAAUAUAGUGUACGAGCAAGAUGAGAAAUUUUCCCAGCCAUCAGACAGUGAAGCAGUGACUGGAUGUAGUAGUAGUAGCUCCCAUUUCAAGAACCCAAGAAGUUGA